UAUUAUUAUAGUAUAUUCAGAAAGGAAAAAAAAUAGCAGUAGCAAUGGCAGAGAAAGCAAAAAGAAGGAGGUGAUAGAUAUAGCGGCCUCGAUCUUGGAAUGCAAAUAUGCAAUUUCCAAAGGAUUUGAUCCAGUCGCGUUCGAGAGUCAGAGAGUAGCAUUGGAGGUUUUGGGACACCAAGGCCCUUUUACCUGUUCAACAGGUUGGAGGUUAAAAGAGUGAACUAAUUCAAGUUCCACGGUUAUUGGGUUCGAUCUGGGCAGUGCAACAGCCCAGCCGCGCGCUUGACCAAACUGACUGUAAGAGCAAGAGAGACAAUCGGUGUUAAUUAAAAUUGUUAUAAUAUAACCUCCCCAAUUAUUAGUAGAAUACAAACCUUAUGAAAACGAGAAAUACACAAAUAAAGCGAUUUCUAAGAUCUAGGAGAAAGACUAUCUAGUACGAAUUAAUUAUUUUUACGACGUUAAUCAAUGAUUUUUGUUGGUUUGCAUGCGAAAGUUGUACUGUUAAUUAUAUGGGGUUUGACCGGUCAGUUUAACGAUCAAUAAUCAAUAUAAUGAAUGUCUCAUGGUUGGUUGAAAAUUGAAAUUGCAGGUAUAUCAAGUUGAUUUUGUAAUAGUUUGCAUGGGAAGGUUCAGCCGAGUUCCAAACAUACCAGAAUUUCCUGGGAACAAAGGCCCUGAAGCUUUUGAGGGUGAAGUAAUCCAUUCAAUGGAUUAUUCCAAAAUGGAACCCAAAACUGCAACCAACUUUGUCAAAGGAAAACAUGUAGCUGUAGUUGGAUUUCAAAAAUCAGAAAUAAUGGACAUUGCCAUGGAGUGCUCUACGGUUAAAUAUGGCAAUUACGCAGGGAUUGAACGUCCAUGCACGGUAGUUGUCAGGACCCCACACUGGAACCUUCCCGAUUUUUCCCCAUGGGGAUUCCAUUUGGGAUAUCUCUACACGAAUCGAUUCUCCGAACUUUUGGUGCAUAAACCUGGUGAAGGCCUUCUUCUAAGUCUCCUUGCCACAACUCUUUCACCAUUGAGAUGGGCCUUCUCAAAAUUUGUAGAAAGUUAUAUAAAACGCAAAAACAGGCUUGGACAACAUGGAAUGGUGCCAGAGCACAGCUUCUUAAACGAUUUGAGUUCAUGUUCACUUUCUGUGCUGCCGGAUGGCUUCUACGAUAGAGUUGAGGAAAGAAGUAUCAAGCUCAUCAAGAAAGUAGAGAUUGUUGGAUUCUGUAAAGAAGGUAUCUUGCUCAAGGGUCAAGCUGAACCAAUAAAAUCCGACUUAGUCAUACUCGCUACCGGCUUCACGGGAAUUGAUAAGCUCAAACACAUUUUUGAAUCACCAAAAUAUCAGGAAUUCAUUGCAGGCAUAGAUGAUUCUGCUGCAGUUCCCCUCUAUAGGUGAGUAAUAAAAGAAUACUUUUGCAAGCAUACACCAGAAAUUGGAUUAUCCAUCCCGGAAUUCCAUAACUGGCAAUAAUUGGAUUCUCAGAAAGUACAACCAAUCUAUACACAUCGGAAAUAAGGUGCCGGUGGCUGGCAGAGCUUCUUGAUGGAAAAUUCAAGCUACCUAGCGUAAAGAUGAUGGAGAAAGACAUAGCAGAAUGGGAUAAAUACAAGAAAAGAUAUUCUUACAACAAGUACUAUAGAGGAUCGUGCAUUGCUGCGUUGCAUGUUUGGCACAAUGACCAGUUAUGUAAGGACAUGGGAUGGAACCCUAAGAGGAAAAAGGGUUUUUGGGCUGAGGGGUUUUGGACCUUAUGGACCAAUGGAUUACAUCGGCUGAUAUAAAAGAGUUAUGUUUACUUUUAUUUUUUAACGUUAAGAGACAAAUAAACCCGUGAUUUGAAGUUUGUCGUUUUCUACCAUAAUCUCAAAUUGAUAAACAAUUAUUGGUCUUAAGACUAGCAUGCUUUGGAUCAAUUAUAUUAAUCGGCCAUAUGGUGCUCGAAUGUGUAUUCAAUUGCCAGGCCCCUAUCUGGUGCUAGUUAUGAAUUAGCCAGGUUGCUAUCUGCAACAGGUGAUUUGAAAUUGAUGUGAUUGAUUUUAUAUUUUUCAAAGUAUUUCUAAAGCAUGACACAAUCACAACUUAUAGGUCGUGCAUUUGAAUGUUUCAGAAAUCAUUAGUGUGUAGGGUAGGACCCUUCA